AUGUGGCGGAUCCUGCUUGUUUUCUUGCUCACUCACAAGACCGCCGCGCAGCCUGCCAACUCCAUCGAGGCGGUGGAGGCGGAAGUCGAGAUUUGCUACAACAAGCGCAUCAACAACGAGACAGUCUCUCCAUUCUGUGGAAAGAAAUGGGCAGUCAUAAAUGCCGCUAGCGUGCGAGAAUUCUGGGAAGUGCAUGAGCUCGAGUUCUACUGGGAUAGCCAGUGCACGUUGCCUUUCCCCGUGGGCUUGCCAAUAGCUUCAGAUGUUAUGACAUCCUUUCCAGGCAACACUGAAGAUAUGGCUUGGGAUGGUGAUUUGUUGACGAAGUGGUCGGCAAAUUGCAGAGUCUUGCUGGGUGGCUGCAGUCCAUACACACAGUGGGUUGGCAAGAACAUUGGAGACUCCAUUCCGCUGAACAAGGAGCCUGUGGAAAUCUUUGCACAAGUGCGCUGCACUCGAAUCUUUCAAUCCCCCAACGCUACCCGCCAGUCAGACCAAGUUGCGAUAAUCACCUGGGAAGAUGAGAAGCUCGAUAGUUGGCAGGUGAUUUACGAAUAUGGUGACCUGGCAGGUGGGGCCUGGCACACCCGGCCCGCACGCGAGGAGUCCUUAUGGCGCAUCUGGAACAUGGACCCCAUGCCAAGGCCCUGGCAGGUUGCAGAGGUCAUGUUCUUCACGGAUCUUUUCUGCGAAGAGGACAAGCAAGCCUUUGGAACCCCCAUCUCCAAUGGGGCCACGUUCUUGGACAAUUGCAUUGACACGCGAAGCUGCGAUCUGUACACAGCAGCGAAGGCGUUCGAUGGCAUAAAAAUGCCUGGCCACCGUCUACCCCGCGUCAUGGGAACAUGGAUUGCCAAUUGCGAUGAGUGGCAGGGAUGUGCUUCCAUGGAGGCCUGGAUUGGCCUGGACUUCGACGUGCUUCCUAAGCAGGUCCGAUGCAUCCGCAUCAACCAGCCUGUGCACGAAGGAUAUGAUGCGGGAUGGGGUUAUCCGCAUUUCACUUCGAGGAUCUUGUUACAGAGUUGGGACGGCUUCAAGUGGGAGGACCGCACCCUCUUCGGUGGCCUGGACCAAGGAGGAUGGAACAACACCAUGCCAAAGGAACAUACUUCCUGGCGAGUUGCGAACUUUGACCGGAUCUUGCUGUCCUGGAGAGUGUAUGAGCUGGAGCUUUAUGCGGAUGCAGAUUGUCUGGGCAGCCCAAUGCGCGGUGAGAGUGUGGAUUCAAACCCAGCUCUUUUGUCAGAUGAGCAGCAGGUGGCUUGUUGGACUGAUCUCGGGAGCUGUGGGGACAAUGCUUUCGAUCAGCAAAUUACGACCGGUUGGCAAUCUUCUUGCUCUCCGUGCGACCAGCGACAGGCAUGGAUUGGUGUACGCUUCCCUGAUGCGCGAACUGUGUCGUGCUUCCGUCUGAUACAGAGUGAGGAUGUGAUGCACCGCACAGAUGCCAUCGAGCUGUCCGAGUGGAUGGGAGAUUCCUGGGAGACGCGGAGGUUUGAGUCGGGUGUCGGUGGUGGAACGUGGAACCGGCGGCCUAGCGGCGUCUCAACAAUGUGGCGCCUGCUUAGCAUUGUGGACACGGACCGUCCUUGGACCAUCACUGGCUUAGCAUUCUACAUGGAUGAUGUGUGCAAUGUUCCACAUCAUGGAGAUCCCAUCACGAACGGCAACGAGAAGUUGUUUCGAUCAGAGCAUGCCUUUGAUACGUCUGACGUGACUCAAUGGGUUACGAGUUGUACCCCGGCUUUCACGGGACACCAAGGAUGCAUGGCAAACUCUGCUUGGCUUGGUUUGCAGAUGCAGGAGGCCUUCAGUGUCUCUUGUAUUCGAUUGUACCAGUCCAGAGACAGAAAUCACCAAGCGUCCUCGGCUGUGUUGCAAGUCUGGGAUGGCCUCGUUUGGACAGUGUCCCAAAACCACCCCAUCCUUACCGAGCUUGGGGGUGGAGCCUGGCAGGUUUUGCCCGGGAUCCGGGGCUCGAUGUGGCGCUUCCUUGCUGACCCAUCUCCUGGGGGUCAAGGCGUCGGCGUCUCCGAAAUUCACCUCUACAGGAACACGGAUUGCACAGAUCUCAUUCCGAUGAAGGUCCCCAACAUUGUCCCAAUCUGCUCGGGCUACGCCACCUCCAGAGAAGUCGGCGCUAAGACCGGGUACACCAAUCACUACUCCAGCAUGGGUGAGCUGACAAGUGCAGAUCCACUGAAGGCUUUCGAUGGUGAGCUGCACACUUUUUGGGCUGACAUUGGUGGCGCCCGUGCCUGGUUGGGCUUAGACUUCUCCACGCAGGUUUCAGAUGUUCAGUGUGUCAGGCUGGCAUUUCCCGGCAUUCGAGCCCUGCAGCCGAGCUAUGGGGAGCUGCAGGGCUGGAGUGGCAGCACCUGGAGAUCUACGGCUUCCGGCUCAACAUCUAUAUUCAGCAUGGACUCCACCCUCCUGCUUCCCUUGCCAUCCUUGGGUGGCCAGGGCUUCCAAAGGAGGCCAGCCCCUGUGAACUCACUUUGGAGGCUUCAGAACAUGGCAUCGAUCCAGACCUGGGUAGUCUUCGAGCUCGGGCUCUACACCGACCUUGCUUGCCGAGGAGAUCCCAUCACCGGGAUGGCCAUUUCCUCGGCCGAGGAUGCAGCACUGUCGGACGGGUUCAGUGGGCACAUGAAUCCACACAAGGCGUUUGACAACGACAAUACAUCGUAUUGGCAAGCUCACUGCGUAAACGGUGUGUGUACAGCAGGGCAAGCCUGGAUUGGCCUGGACCUGCAAGGCAAGGUGCAGCAGGUGCAGUGCCUUCGCCUCAUGCAAAGCGGUCUUCGCCUUGAGCAAGUGGCGAGUGUGGUACUGGCAUCGUGGAACGGGAAUGCCUUCCAGGAACGUGCCCAGUACCAUGGAUUAGGUGGCGACACUUGGAACACACGGCCACUGCCGCCGGACACCAUGUGGCGAGUGGCCUACGGUCAGCGGAGUGGUGUGGUUUGCUUGGGUGCCGAGGAGCGAGGCUGGCCCAGGUCUUGGGGAGUCACAGAGGUGGAGUUCUACGCAGACGAUAGCUGCCAAGUAAAACUUCCCGGGCCCAAGGAAGGUGUUGAUGUGGUUGCAUCGGGUACCAGGGAAGCGGGGAUCGCACCUUUGUCGGGCACGGGCCCACAUUUGGCCUUCGAUGGCUUGGCAUCAACAACCUGGACAGCACAGUGCGGCGCCGGAGAUCGAGCCAACGAGCCUGCCGACUGCAGGACAGGUGUCGAAUGGGUCGGUCUGGAUUUCAACCGAAAGUUUGACGGCUUGCCCGUGAUGGUCAGGUGUCUAAAGCUGAUCCAGUCUCGUAGCUCCGCUUCCGACUGCUGUGAUCCAGCUGAAACAGUGAUGCUGGAUCGCUGGAAUGGUACAGAUUGGGCCAGGGCAAGCUGGCGCCAUGUGUCGGACACUGGGGAAGUUUUCCAGGUCGAGGCUGCCUUCUCCAGUGUUGCUCCAUGCCCUAGCCUCAAUCAAGAACAAAUCCAAUUAGCUUUGAAUGGACAGCUGCCGAAUAGCAUCAGCAAUCGGCCUUCGAUUCAGUGGCGGAAGCGGCGCCAAGGAGAUGAAUGCAUCAUACCAAAUCCGGAAUCUGUGAAGCUGUUGGCCGACCCGUUCUGUGAGAAGCAUGCGGCUUGCAAGGAGGCCGGAUUCGUGGGAUCAUGCUGUCCCAUGGAGUCUGGCAUGUCUCGAUGCUGCUGCGACUUCAACGUAAACGCAGAGGUUUUUGAGGACGAGAUCUUGGAUGAGAAGAUUGCCGCGGAGGUCUUGCAAGCCCCGGCUGUAGGCUUUGAGCUGAUCAUGAUCCAGUCAGCGACUGUGCUGCCGUUCAUUGGCGUCAUAUUCGCUUUGCUGUUCUUGAUCAUCUAUGCAAUUCCAAAGCCACCGGGCAGAGAUGACGGCACCUCAACCUGCUCCGAAAGGAUGUGGUACCGCGUUUGUGGACCGACGCACAGGUGGCUGCAGGGCGGAGGCCUGAUACCUACCAUCCUGCUUCAUCUGGUACAGCGGAGCCAGUUUGACAGAUGGUGGACUUUGAUCUUGAAGAGGAUCUUGCUCUUGCUGUUUGGCUUCAUUAUUGGCGGGAUGCUCCUGUGGGUGUUGCUGUCCUACUUGCUUGCCGAAAUGAUCACCAGGAUCAUUUUGGCCUGCAGCUUCUUCAUCCGGCUUUCGAAGUCGCGCUACGAUCCGAAGAAACCUGCAGAAAGGAAAAGGCUGGGCAUCGUCCUGGGCGUCCCCAUCGGUGACCCUGCGGGAGGCUUGGAGCUCAAGCCUCCCAACCUGGUUGGCAUCAUCUUUGCAUUCUUCGAGAGCAUCGUCGCGGGCCUCGUGAAUGUCGUGCAAGCCAUGUUCGAUGUCCUCAUCAUCAGGUUUGCCUUCGUAAGCAUUGGCGCGGUGGAUUUGCGGCUCGAAGCAUUCGACAUCAUCAUUCAUGUCCCGACUCCUCCUAACGUCGACGUGAGAGCAUUGGUACAGUUCCUUGUUGACCUUGCCUCGCUGGCCACUCGAUUCUUCACUGCGGUUCUCAGCACCAUGUUCGUGGGUGCUCCGCGUUGUGAAGGACCAGUUGUGAUCCUGUCUGCUUGCUUCCUCAUUGUCAUCACGCUGCUGAUGGUCCGAUGGCUGAACUAUGACUACUUCGGCCUUCUGACAGCUGCCAAAUACAGCGCUCAGAAAACGCGUCCAACCUUCCAGAAGAGCAUGGCUGUUGGCUUGACUGCGGGCUUGCAGAGCGGCAUCUUCAUAGGCAUGCAGUGCCUGAUGCUGAUCUGUACGCGCUCCUUGAAUUUGGUGGAGAUCGACCCAUUCAAGGCGGGCGAAGGCUGGACCUGCCCGUAUCCAGACGACCACAUCUCCGUCAUAACGGGCCGCAUCUUCCUUGGCGUGAUGGCGUUGAUUACCCUAAUCAUCGCCUUCCUUUGUGCCAACGGGCACUUCAUGGGUCAGGAGUAUAUCCUCAGAGAUUUUAGCAAGCAAGUCGACAUGAAGCUAACAAAGCUGGACCCUGCUGCCCAGCAGGCCGAGGGUGGUGGCAUCCUUCGGACUUCGCACUUCUUCAGCAUGCUUCCGACUACGUUCGGCAUCUGGAUCGACGGCUGGAAUGUCAAGGGAUACCUUCUGAAGGAGCGUGCUGAACUGUAUGCAGAGGAGCUGCGAGUCCCAACCGUUUGUGAGCACUGUGGAAAACCCCACAUUCCAUACCUUGAGCUGAUGAAGGCGUCAGGCAGGCAGCUGAGCUUGGCGUACCAAAUCUUCCCCUUUGGGGCGGUGAUUGGGAAGGCCGUUGAGCGGUUCAACAACCCGCCGCUGGUCUACUUGGGGACUGAACUCAAGUGCUUAAGAGCGAGGCCUCACGUGGACAAGGUGAAGUCUUUGCAGGGCAGGAAGAUGACCGCAGCACAGUCGGCGAAGUUUCGAGUCCAGCUCCAAAUGGCCAUGCUCAAGGACCUGGGCCUGCCCAUUGCGCUCCGGAUCUUUUCAGUGACCAUGUACGUGACGAUGGUUUACUUUACCGCUGUGAUGACAAAGGACAAUGUGGUGGAGCUUGGCGUCGAGAUGUUCCAGAUCCUCACCUAUGUGGCGUUCUCCAAGGCCAUGUGUGAAGUGUUCUUGCCAAUCGUGUGCGUGGCGAUAGUAGGUGCUUUGGUGGUUGCCUCUGGAGUCGCCGCGAAGAAGGCGUCGAAGGUGAACGUCGAGCCAUACCGGCUCUCACCGGUGGUGGGGCAGGUGCUCCAUGGCGUGUCUUCCGGCUUCGCGUUUGCCCUGUUCCUUUUCCAGGACCCUGGUGUGGACUUCACUCUUGGCCUGUGCGCAUUCCUGGGAUGGUUGGUUGGCGCCUCGCUUGCAGUGUUGAUCGCUCUGUCGUCCUACGCUCUGGAGCUUUGUGCGAAUUGCGACCUGGCUGGGGGCAUCUUCAAGGUCUGCUUCGCCGCGCUGUCGGCCGUAGGCCUUGCAAGGGUUUUCACCUGGAGAUUGGCCGAGACAAAUUUCUAUCUCGCCAUGUCCAUGCUGGCUCUUGUUCUGGUGCCGGCCACGAAUCUUGCAUUCCGGAAGUCUCCGCCGCAAGCAGAUGGCACAGAGUCCGACAGCAGCAUCUGGCCAUUGCUGUCCACUGCUCGGGUCAUGUCUGGCCCCUUUGGCGUCAUCGCUGGUGUUUUCGGUGCCAUGGUUGCAUACGAGCCCAUGGCGACCGCCUUGGGGGCGGACAUCGGCUUGCUCAUCUCAGUGGCCUUCGGCUACCUCAUAGGCCUAGCGUACGGCUUGGCCACAGACAAGGUCCUGGAGAAGCCUGCAGGCAAGUGGAGCAUAGCGGCUGGGACAUUAGCGGCGCUCGGAACCAGCCUUUUGAUCCACUGGGCAGUUGGGGUGAUGGUGGGAUCCGUCGUGGGCAGCCUUACCGGGGCGCUGAUUGAGCGACGGGUGAUGAAGGAGAUGGAUGCACAGUGUUUGGAGCCCCCACGCUUCACGAAGAACGUGAUGCAGUCCAGUCCGACCUUGGGUCCCGUCUCCAAUGUGGUCGCUGCCAUGCGCGACAAGUCGGAACAAGAAGUGGAAAUCCACACCAACCUACCCACUCUGUACAAGGCAAGUGCGUCUGGCAACCAGCUUGCGCGGGUCGAUUCAGGUUAUGCGAGCGCCUUUGAUGACUUUGAGAAGGAGCGGACUCAACUGCCCUUUCCCUCGCAGCCUGCGCUGACGGCAGUUUCCGACGCCCCUGACUCCUUUGCAUCUCCUGGCUUGGCCUUGCGUGAUGGAUCUGACGGGUCUCCAGAAUCUCCGUCGCUACCUGCCAGGCAGGAUGUGGCCCAGACUGGAGGCAUGCAGGAUGAAUCGGACCCGCAAAGGCAAGAGGAAGGCCCUUUCGCUGUGGAAAGGCGCACGUCGGAUCCGAGGCCUCUUGACGAGGCCGAGAACGUCGCAGCAUUUGGCACGUCACAGGCGAGCUGGCACUCGUAUGGUGAAGCGGCAGGAGUUUCUCCACAGCCUUCGCCGCAAAGAACAGCCCCGUUUCAGAACAAGGCUGCCAAGCGAACUUCGUUGGCCGCAUCUGCAAAGAAUGCAAAGGUGAAGAAUCAGAUUCCACCACCCGGGCCACGGGCGGUCUGGGGUGGUGAUGCAGGGCCCGGCGGGGUCGGGGGUCCUGGUGAACACAGACUCGUCCAGGCUGCCGCGCAGGCUGCGGAUGCCACAGGCCCUGCAAGUCAUGUGACUGGCUCGCAAUGA